CAGCAGGCGGCGGGGUUGCGGCAUCUCGCCCGCCCCGCGCCGGGUACCGGCACCGCCUGUUGCAACGCGCCUCCUCGCUGAGUCCCCCAAAAGACAACUCCUUUAUAAACAGUGCUUGUUUGGAGAAUAUCUGAAGGUCGUUUCUUUGACUCGCUCUGGAAGUGGAGAGAAGCUGUUUGCAUGUUGCAGAUGACUCUGCUGUUUGUCCCCUGCCUGCAAGACCUGCACUUUGAAGAGACGAAGCAUGGCGUCCACAGCCCACUUCUUGGAGGAGGAGAUGGCGGAGCUCCGCGAGGCUUUCAGCAAAGUGGAUGUCAGUGGGAAUGGCUUCAUCGAUGCCAAUGAUUUAACAGAUGUGUUGAAGGCAGCCAACCUCCCUCUCCCAGGUUAUAAGGCCAGAGAGCUCGUUCAGAAUUUGACAACCACUGAGGAUGGCAGGAUCAGUUUUGAUGAAUUUAUUACAAUUUUCCAAAACCUGAAGAGUGAUGAUGUUGCUAAAUCAUUCCGAAAACAAAUCAACAAAAAGGAGGGCAUCUGUGCUAUCGGUGGGAUGUCGGAACAGUCCAGUGCUGGCACACAGCACUCUUAUUCAGAGGAAGAAAAGUAUGCCUUUGUCAACUGGAUUAACAAAGCCCUGGAAAAGGACCCUGACUGUAAACACGUGGUCCCAAUGAACCCAGAAACGGAUGAUCUCUUCCAGGCAGUCGGUGAUGGCAUAGUACUUUGUAAGAUGAUCAACUUUUCAGUCCCAGAUACCAUUGAUGAGAGAACAAUCAACAAGAAGAAACUCACACCCUUCACCAUACAGGAAAAUCUGAACCUGGCCCUGAACUCUGCUUCAGCCAUUGGGUGCCAUGUUGUUAACAUCGGAGCUGAAGACUUAAAAGAAGGCAAACCUUACCUGGUUUUGGGUCUUUUAUGGCAAGUCAUCAAAAUUGGUCUCUUUGCUGACAUUGAAAUCAGCAGGAAUGAAGCCUUGAUUGCUCUUCUGAGAGAAGGAGAGAGCCUAGAAGAUCUAAUGAGGUUGUCUCCAGAGGAGCUGCUGCUGAGGUGGGCAAACUAUCACCUGGAGAAUGCGGGAUGCAACAAGGUCAACAACUUCAGCUCAGACAUUAAGGACUCAAGAGCUUAUUACCAUUUGCUGAACCAAGUUGCCCCCAAGGGAGAUGAAGAAGGCAUUCCAGCUAUUACUAUUGACAUGUCAGGAUUAAGGGAGAAGGACGACGUGCAGCGUGCUGAGUGCAUGCUGCAGCAGGCAGAGCGGCUGGGCUGCCGGCAGUUCGUCACAGCCACUGAUGUUGUCCGGGGGAACCCAAAGCUGAACUUGGCAUUCAUUGCCAACUUGUUCAACAAGUACCCUGCCCUGCAUAAGCCAGAGAACCAGGACAUCGACUGGAGCUCUAUUGAAGGUGAGACAAGGGAAGAGAGGACGUUCAGGAAUUGGAUGAACUCCCUGGGCGUUACUCCACGUGUAAAUCACUUAUAUAGUGAUCUGUCAGAUGCCUUGGUUAUCUUCCAGCUCUAUGAGAAGAUCAAAGUGCCAGUAGACUGGAACAGAGUGAACAAACCACCAUAUCCUAAACUGGGUGGCAACAUGAAAAAGCUCGAAAACUGCAACUAUGCAGUGGAACUGGGAAAAAACCAAGCCAAAUUCUCCCUUGUUGGCAUCGCUGGACAAGAUUUGAAUGAAGGAAACCGUACACUCACACUGGCCUUAAUCUGGCAGUUGAUGAGGAGGUACACUUUGAGUAUCCUGGAAGAUAUUGGUGGUGGAGAGAAGGUGAACGAUGAAAUCAUUGUCAACUGGGUCAAUGAAACACUGACUGCAGCCGGCAAGGAUUCAACCAUCUCCAGUUUCAAGGAUGGCAAAAUCAGCACCAGCAUGCCAGUCCUUGACCUCAUUGAUGCCAUUCAACCAGGAUCAAUCAAAUAUGACCUCCUGAAAACAGAGGAUCUUAACGAUGAGGAGAAGCUAAAUAAUGCUAAAUAUGCCAUCUCCAUGGCAAGAAAAAUCGGAGCAAGAGUCUAUGCUCUUCCAGAAGACUUGGUUGAAGUAAAACCCAAAAUGGUUAUGACGGUGUUUGCUUGCCUUAUGGGGAAAGGAAUGAAGAAAGUUUAAAGCACAAAAGACUUGCACUGAUGCCUGGUAUUCACCCUUUUGAUUCCCUCAAACUGGAUGCUCUUCUCUGUAUCAAGGAAACAUGCAGGGUGCUCAUGCUCGUAAGGCAUGAAUAUUAUACAUGGUGCCAGAUCAUAUGAAAGUCAUGUAUCCAGAAAAUGUUUUAUUUCAAAGAGAAAUAUAUGCUUGAUUUCUUUGCCUUACUUUCCACUUUGCUAGAUAUAACCAUUUCAUAUUCCUGAAUAAGUUUUCCAGAAGGCAUACAUACAUAACCUCCAAGUAAUGGAUACCAGGAUUGUCUGGCAGAGGUCACCUGGAGGUCUUUGUCUGUGGACAUGCAGAUGGCUUUUAGGAUGAUGAAAUGUUGUAUGCUGCUUUUGCCUGAAAAUGUCUUCAUGCUUCUGGCAGUGCUUCUGCCAUACUUCCUUCAGUUUGCACCAGAGGUUGCAAAAUGGGUUUCCUCAAACAACGCAAAUAUUAGUGACUAUAUUUUUGGAAUGGUAGAAUCCUCUUAAGAAAUGCUGAUGGAAAGAGAAAAGUGUAUGGGUCUGCUGUCUGCUGCUGGUAUGUGAUCUGUGCAGUAUCUUUCCUUGCAAGCUCUGCCUCUGCCAUCACUGGCAUUACUCACAGACUACAUUACUGCUCACAGCACCAUACUGUACCCCGGUCCUCCAAGAGCAGCUGAGCUCUGGAACCUCUGCAGGGAAUGCUCCCCAAAGGAUAAUUCAUUUUCAUGCCAUAAUACAGUUAAAACUUAAGCAGAUUGCAAAGCAUGAUAGAAAUGAAAAGCGUGGUAAGCAAACUAAGGGGGUAUGCUCAGUUAGUAGCAAUAACAAACCAGAGGUAAGAAGUUAACCAAAGGGACAUGGAAUGUUAUAUUUAUGUACUGAAUAAAAAUUAAACAGUGAACUGUACAGACUUGCACUCAAAGGGCUGUGGCCCUGAUUCAGAAGAGCAUUUAAAUGUGUGCUUACAAACAAAACACACAUUUCAGUGCUUCCCUGAACCCAGGCCAGGAUCCUCAGCUGAGCAGCUCCCAGGGCUCUUGCAGAUUGCCCCAGCUGAGGACCUCACCCUGUCCAUGGAUGGCCAACGGGUGUUUGCACUGAAUCUCUUCCUUGGCUGAGUCAUUUUCUGUCCUGGCCUUCACGUGGAUUUUGCUGUGGUGAAAUGCAGAAGGAGGGAAUUUUGCCUUAAUGCGAUCCUGUUGAUACAGUCUCGUUUUCCUCCUCCCCACCCCUCCAGCCCCUUCAGAAUUGCCUUAAUAAAGAGCCGAUAUCCAACGAUAGGAGGAGUCUCUCCAAAUAAAGUGUUCUACAAAGCCAAA